AACAAAGUCUUCUUCUUUCUCUGAGAAGAUAUUUUCGUGGUUGUGAUCGAAAGAUACCAAACUAAAGAGUUUAACUUUCUUCUUCCUUCUUCUUUACUUCAACAUCUGAUAUUUUCUCUCUCUCUUUUAUUCAGUCUGAAACAAUAUUUCUCGGUAGAUUAAGAUCUAAAGCUCGUUGAUCUAGAUUCUUGUUUCUAUUUUUGUGUGUUUUAGGCUUUGUUGGUUUUACCAAGUGUUGUGAUUCAGUUUGUUUUGAGGUCUGAGUCUAUGGGGGAGAUUGUGGUUUUAAGUAGUGAUGAUGGUAUGGAGACUAUAAAGAACAGAGUAAAGUCAUCGGAAGUUGUUCAGUGGGAGAAGUAUUUGCCUAAAACUGUACUUAGGGUUUUGUUAGUUGAAUCUGAUUACUCAACUCGUCAAAUCAUCACUGCCCUUCUUCGUAAAUGCUGUUACAAAGUUGUAGCUGUUUCUGAUGGUUUAGCUGCGUGGGAGGUUCUAAAGGAGAAGUCACAUAACAUUGAUCUUAUACUAACAGAGCUGGAUUUGCCAUCUAUAUCUGGUUUUGCUCUGCUUGCUUUGGUAAUGGAGCAUGAAGCUUGCAAGAACAUUCCUGUCAUAAUGAUGUCUUCUCAAGAUUCGAUAAAAAUGGUGUUGAAGUGUAUGCUGAGAGGUGCUGCUGAUUAUCUAAUCAAACCAAUGAGGAAAAACGAGUUGAAAAAUCUAUGGCAACAUGUUUGGAGAAGACUGACUUUGCGUGAUGAUCCUACUGCUCAUGCUCAAAGCUUACCAGCUUCACAGCACAACCUUGAAGAUACUGAUGAAACUUGUGAAGAUUCCAGAUAUCAUUCAGAUCAAGGAAGUGGUGCUCAGGCUAUCAAUUACAAUGGUCACAAUAAGCUGAUGGAGAAUGGCAAAUCAGUGGAUGAAAGAGACGAGUUUAAGGAAACUUUUGAUGUGACAAUGGAUUUGAUUGGUGGAAUUGACAAGCGUCCUGAUAGUAUUUAUAAAGACAAGAGUCGAGAUGAGUGUGUUGGUCCUGAGCUUGGACUUUCUCUGAAAAGAUCUUGCUCUGUAAGUUUUGAGAACCAAGAUGAAAGCAAGCAUCAAAAGCUUAGCCUCUCUGAUGCGUCGGCCUUCUCAAGAUUUGAGGAAAGCAAGUCAGCAGAAAAAGCCGUCGUUGCUUUAGAGGAGAGUACUUCAGGUGAGCCAAAGACACCAACCGAAUCACAUGAAAAGUUAAGAAAAGUAACAUCUGAUCAAGGAAGCGCCACAACGAGCAGCAACCAGGAGAAUAUCGGAUCAUCAAGCGUAAGCUUCCGUAACCAAGUUCUUCAGUCCACAGUAACGAAUCAGAAGCAAGAUUCACCCAUACCGGUAGAAUCAAAUCGCGAGAAAGCAGCUAGCAAGGAAGUAGAAGCUGGUUCUCAAAGCACCAAUGAGGGGAUUGCUGGACAAAGCAGUAGCACAGAGAAACCAAAGGAAGAAGAAAGUGCGAAACAACGUUGGAGUAGAAGCCAGAGAGAAGCUGCAUUGAUGAAGUUCCGGUUGAAGAGGAAAGAUCGAUGCUUUGACAAAAAGGUAAGAGACACACAAGCUUCAUCAUAAAAACAGCAUCUGAAACAAAUACAAGAUCAAACUGAUUCAAUGGAGAUGUAUAAAAAUGGAUUACAGGUUCGGUACCAGAGCAGGAAGAAGCUAGCAGAACAACGUCCUCGAGUGAAAGGCCAGUUCGUGCGAACCGUGAAUUCAGACGCGUCUACAAAAUCAUGAAGAGCUCUUUCAGUUUUUCCUCUGAUUUCUUUUGUUGAUUUUAUAACAGAAACUUAUUUAGCUUUUGCAAUCUUUAGUGUGCUUUUUUUUUUUAUGUAUUUGAUUGGCUUCUUCUUCUCAGCUAAUAUGAGAUACUGGGGCAACUUUUGUAUAUAUGUCUGCAAAUGAUCAGGCUAAGCUAAAACAGUAAUUCCAAUUUCGUUAAGUUGAGAAAUAUUUCUUGUUGUGAUCAUAUCCAGGCCGCUUCUCUCUCGAUACAUACCAACAAGAAACAGAUU